AUGGCCGCCCUCGACCGCAGGUUCCUCAACGUCGUGGUGCUCGGCCUGGGCUUCAUGUUCGCCUUCACUGCCUUCCAGACCAUCGGCAACAUCGAGAAGACGAUCUUGGACAGCAUCCACGGCGACGACCCUUCGUUCUCGGGGGACGGCUACAGCAGCCUGGCCAUCAUCUACGCCGUGCUGUCGCUGUCCAAUUGGCUAACGCCGUCCAUCAUCAGCGUCACGGGGCCCAGGGUCGCCAUGGAUGUGGGCGCCCUCACCUACGGGCUGUUCAUCGCGUCGUUCUUGGCGGAGAGCACGUGGCUUCUGUACGCCGCCUCUGCGCUGGUGGGCUUCGGCGCCGCCCUUCUCUGGACUGGCCAGGGCGCCUACCUGGCCCACAACUCGGACCCGGACACCGUCUCCAGGAACUCGGCCGUCUUCUGGGCGCUGCUGCAGUGCAGCAUGUUCUUCGGCAACCUGUUCGUGUACGUGGCGUUCUCGGGCGCUGCGCGCAUCGCCCGGUCGACUCGCCGGUUGGUGUUCGGGGUGCUGGCGGGGGUGUGCGGCGUCGGACUGGCGAUGCUGGCGGCACUGCGGCCCGCCCCCGCCGUCCCUGCCUCUGACGACGACGCCUCCGCCGGCAGCGGGGCCGACGGACCCAUGGACGCCUUUCGCGGAGCGCUGCGACUCGCCGCCACGCCACAGAUGCGCCUCCUGGCUCUCACCUUCCUCUACUCUGGGCUGGAGCUGUCCUUCUACAGCGGUGUGUACGGAGCCAGCGUCGGCUUCACGACCCGCCUGGGCGCGCAGGCCAAGCAGCUGGUCCCCCUGGCCGGCAUCUUCUGUGGCGCCGGCGAGGUGGCAGGGGGCGUGGCGCUGGGCGUGCUGGGUAAGCGAGCGACGCGCCACGGCCUGUUCCCCGGGGUGGUGGUAAGCUGCCUGCUCCACGUGGCCGCCUUCUGCCUCGCCUUCCUCAACCUGCCCGACGCGGCGCCCUUCAAGGACACCGACGACCCGGCCUUCAUCAACAGCAACGCCUACGUGGCGAUGACGUGCGCGGCGCUGCUGGGUCUGGGGGACAGCGUGUUGGUGACGCAGCUGUACGCUCUGCUGGGCGGCGUGUGGCCGCGCGAUGGCGCCUCCGCGUUCGCCAUUUUCAAGUUCGUCCAGUCGGUGGGCGCGGCGGCGAGCUUCGUGUACAGCCGGUGGCUGGGGCUGCACGCGCAGCUGGGGGUCCUGGUGGUGGGCUGCGCCGUCUCCACCGCUGCCUUCAGCCGGGCAGAGGCGUCCCUGCGGCGGCGCCACGGCGCCUGCGGCGGCGGCGCCACUUGUUGCUUGCAGGGCGUGUACCCGCGGCCCCGGGCACAAUUUGUUGAGGGGCCGCUCGGCCGGCACGCGACACCAGAGCGUGAAUCACGCCAGCCAGACAGAGACGGCCACCGGCAGCUGCAGCUGCAGACCCACUCCCCUCCAGCACGCGAGGGCCAGCCACCGUGCCUUGCUGCCUCUGCACGAAUCACCCGUUCCCGCGGCCCGGGCGGGCAGAGACUGUACGUGCCCAGCCGGGGGAACCCCCGGUGCGGCGCGCCACGCGACCUCUGCGCACGCGCGGCGCGCACGCCCGCAGGUCACGUGCCGGCAGGCAGCCGGCUGCGAGCGGUGACAAUGGCCGCCAUUGUGGAGACGCCGGCCCGCCGCUUUCAGAGCCGCCGACCGUUGUCGUGCGGUCGGCCGGGCUGCGAGGGGCCCGUGGGAGCAGAGUGCGGCCGAGCUGGUUCCAGCGCGGCUGCAAAAGGGCCUGGAUAA